CCGAGAAAUAUCCGGUGCUCAUCUCCUCUGCUCCUCGCGCGCCACUUCCUCACUCCCCCUCAGCUCGGCACCGUCCUUCCUCCUCCUCGACACCAUGAUCGCCGCCGCGGCGUUCCUGUCAGUCUCGUCGUUCCACCGCCCGCGGCUCAGGCCCGGCCACCUCCCGCGCCGCUCCGCCUUCCUCCGGUGCUCGGCUGCGGCGUCUUCCUCCUCGUCGUUGUGGGAGGAGCGCGAGGAGGCGCGGUGGCUGCGCGAGGAGCAGCGCUGGCUGCGGGAGGAGCAGCGCUGGCUCCGCGAGGAGUCGCGGUGGCGCGCCGAGCGCGAGUCUCUCCUCGCCGAGGUCGCGGCGCUCCGCCUCCGCCUCGGCGCGGUCGAGGACCCGGCCGUCGUCGACGCCGCCGUGGCGCCUCCGGCGCCGGCGCCCAGGGCUGCGCCGGUCGUGGAGGAGGAGGUCGAGGUGAGGAAGGAGGUGGUGGUGGUGGUCGAGGAGAAGAAGGCCAAGGCGACGAGCGGCGGCGAGAGGAGGACGCUGAGGGUGGGUGCCGAAGGGGAGGACGUGCGCGCGAUGCAGGAGGCCUUGGAAAAGCUGGGCUAUUAUUCGGGCGAAGAAGACAUGGAGUUCUCCAGCUUCUCGUCUGGCACCGAAAGAGCCGUGAAGACAUGGCAGGCAACGGCAGGGGUUUCGGAGGAUGGAAUUAUGACCUCCGCUCUUCUUGACAGACUAUUUACAGGACAGACUGGGCAGGAAGUGAAAACAAAAGAUGACAUAAAUGGAGCAGCUAUUCCCGCCGUAACAGAAAUAGCAGAGGUUCAAAAAACUGUUAUAAAAGGGAAUGGUGUAUCAGGAGUAGGGUUAUCCGAAAAUAGAGUGUUUCUCAUCGGCGAAAACAGGUGGGAAGAUCCAUCUAGGCUAACACAGAAGAAUAAAACAAUCAGCGGUGCUACCAAUGCAUCAGUUAAGAAGUGCGUCUCUUGUCGCGGUGAAGGCCACCUCAUGUGCGUAGAAUGUGAUGGAACAGGUGAGCCGAACAUUGAACCACAGUUUUUGGAGUGGGUUGGUGAAGACAUGAAGUGUCCAUACUGUGAAGGACGUGGUUCGAUCGUAUGCGAUGUUUGUGAUGGGAAGACAGUAGUAGCUAAUUAAGCAACAUGAAAGGGUAUCUGUCAACAUGUGAUAUUCUGAGUCUAUGUAGGUUGGUGGCCUUUCCUACUUGGAAGAUCAGCUUUAAUUUCAGAAUAAGUACCGUGCAGAUUACAUGGGGAAGUGCAAUCAUGGUAUUUUCUGCUGUUCUGAACCAUCACUAACUUGAUACCUGGCAGUGUAUAUAAUUCUACAUCAUAUCCCACUCGGAAAAAAUGUAUCAUAACAAAGGAAAAUUGUGAAAUGUGGUACACCUGCACUAAUAACUUAGCUUAAAUACAAUUCUUCUUUUCACAAAUAACUUAUUUCUUAGCUGUAAUUCUCCCUUUGAUUAAAGUAAGUGCA